AUGACGGAAAUGCAGGAAGGCGACAGUCCACAUUCAGUCAUUAAAUCGCCGAACAUCUUCCUGAUGUUCGAUUGGCAGACAUUAUUGCUGACAAUAGUAGCAGCGCUAACGAUUCCUCUCUACAUCAGAAUUCUCUACGUUUUACUACGUCAUCGCUCAAAACAUCGGUUUUAUUCGCAUUUCUACACUAUUACUAUAUCUCAGUGGUCAUAUAUGCAAACCUAUCUGUUCGAAUAUGCUCGAAUUAUCGGUGUAGUGUUAAUCUCCAUUCAACGAUGUUCCACUGUGUCGUACCCGCAUACUCGCUUUAAUCACCACUUGAUACGGCUGCCGCCAUGGGUAUUUUUUGCGGUUCAAUAUAUAACUCCUAUUUUCCUCUGUGCCAAUAUGUUUUUCGUUCCAAUGCGGUUCAACGAGCAAUCAACGCUCAAUGUUGUCAUCAGCAAAGAAGUGCUCAAGGGUCACUAUCUAAAAUCUGCACUGAUUCCACUAAUUGCAAUCAUUAUCUGCUCAAUAGCUUACGGAGCGAUUCUUCGUACUCUACGCGAUCACUCUAUCCAUACACGACGAAAAGAUGUUCGAAUGAGUGUUCAAGUUAUCGGACUACUGAUUGCCCUUAUAAUUACAUGCAUACACUUUUGUAUGCAAUUUUACUUCAACUAUCAAGAGAUGGUGGAUUGGGUUUACUUUAUGCGGUACUUCACACCAUUAUGGGUUGGACUGCUCACAUUUAUCAAUCCUUGGAUGAUUAUCAUUAUGAAUGCGGAAUUACGACAUCUUGUAUUGGGACGGCAUGCCGUACCAGAAGCGAGCACUAUUCAUCCAGUAAUUAGAAGUUCCAUGACUGGGAGAAAAUCUCAACAUUGAUGAGGCGGGUUUCUUUCAUCUUGUAUAUAAUUACUCAUAGUUGUACAUAAAGAUUUUUAUGCAAAUAGCUAUAACAAUAAUUAAUGUUCCAUCAAGCCCACAAAUGACCAAAAUAUUAAACGUA